UGGGGACAUCUUGCUUCAUACAGGCGAUUUCACUGAGUUGGGGCUGCCCUCUGAGGUUAAGAAGUUUAAUGAUUGGUUAGACUUGGUUUUCCAUUGCCAGCAUGGAAGGAACCCUAAUGCAUGAGUUUCAGAGGAGAAAGUAGCAGUCUGAACCUGCUGUGUGGCUCGAUCAGCAAGCGAAACUUGCCAUAUGAGUACAAAAUAGUGAUUGCUGGGAAUCAUGAACUAACGUUUGAUAAGGAAUUCAUGGCAGACCUUGUUAAACAGGAUUACUACCGCUUUCCCUCUGUAUCCAAAUUGAAACCAGAGGACUUUGACAAUGUUCAGUCACUUCUGACAAACAGUAUUUACUUGCAAGAUUCUGAGGUGACAGUCAAAGGAUUCCGAAUAUAUGGUGCUCCUUGGACACCAUGGUUUAAUGGAUGGGGCUUUAAUCUACCCAGAGGUCAAUCUUUGUUGGACAAGUGGAACCUUAUUCCUGAAGGCAUAGACAUACUAAUGACCCAUGGGCCUCCUCUUGGAUUUCGAGACUGGGUUCCAAAGGAACUGCAAAGGGUUGGCUGUGUGGAAUUGCUAAACACUGUACAAAGGCGAGUAAGACCCAAACUCCAUGUUUUUGGGGGUAUCCAUGAAGGUUACGGCAUUAUGACAGAUGGCUACACAACGUACAUUAAUGCCUCAACGUGUACAGUCAGCUUUCAGCCAACCAAUCCACCAAUUAUAUUUGACCUGCCAACCCCACAAGGAUCAUGAAAGACCACUACUCCAUUGGGGAAGGUCUAUAAACUGCCAUUUUUCUAAUUACAAAACAUUCAUUCUCUUAACAUGUUUCUUUACAAAUAAUGUAGGGCUUUUUUGUAAAUUGUUGUUACACAGAAAAAAAGAUAGAGGUUGUGCUUUUUCUUUUCCCUCUCUUUUUUUCUUUUGGAAAUGCAGCAUCCAUUUGAAAUUGAUAAAGCAUUGUGAAUUUGUAAAAUGAAGUUUUAUGUUCUCUUAAUUAACUUGCCAUUGUAAAUUGUUAGUGUUCUCAAAAGGACAGCCAAGCUUUCUUUUAAUGAGUGAGACACCUUAUUUUAAUAUUAUUAAAUAAGAUUAUAAAAGGCAGUGUUUAAAAAAAAACACACACACCCAAAUUUGCACAACUGUUAUUGUUUGAUGGGGGGGGGAUUUCUAAUGAUAAAAUGCCAUUCUCUCCUCAUUUUUAUUAGCUUGUAUAUGUUCCAUGAUCCAGAGGUUGGGGUAUGUUCCUGUGCAAAUACAGGUCACAAUCCAGUACUGAAUGAAAUGUGUUGAAAACUUGUGGAAUGGACGGUUCUAAAUAUGCCUACAUCUGUGCUGGGCUGUGGUCAUGGAGUUAUUCAACUGGAGGUGGAUUUUCCAUUCAUUUCAGUGAAUCGUCUCCCUCUGUUGAAAAGAAUUCUUGAUCUGGAAGAGUCUUGACCCAUCAGACCUCCUAUGUCCACAGCUAAUUGCUGGAUCAGGGAUCAGUUAAUUUUUUUCAUUGAUACAUAUGCAUUCUAUGAAGUUCUGCUUAUUAAUGGUAUUGCAGUAGUGAGGGGAAAAUAGCCUUCUAGAUUUAGUUUGUCUGCCUGCUUUAUUGAUCAGUUAGAUAGCAACAUCCUGUAUGUGAUUAUCUAAAUUGUCACAAUUUGGGUGAGUUUCUUAAAUUAUUUUAGCUUUAAAAAUAUGGGAAUGAAAACUGCAAUGAGCAGGUGUUCCAUGCAGUAAAAACAUGUAAAUGCGGACUCCUUUUAAAUAUGGAUUUUUAUAUAUAUUUUUUGUGCAUUAUAACAAAGCAAGGCAUAUAAUAUUGCCAGUGUAGCAUCUGCAAAAUUAUGCUGUACAGCACAUCUAAAUUAUGAAGGAUGUGACACAUUUUUUCCAAGUGCUCAAGGCCUUCAAGAGCUUGAGUUUAAAAUCUUUGUGCAGUUUCAGGCAUGUAUAGAAUCAAAUGAAUACAAUCAAGCCUAACUAAAAUAAGGCUUUGUUGUCCUUUAUAUUUAAAAUAUUAUUGAAUUGUCUUUCCAUUUCUUUUUCUCUUAUUUUGCACUGUGUGUAAAUGCAAUCUUGCUAGCACAAAAUAUUGUUGCAGAUAGUUACUUCUGUUCUACCACUGUAAAUGCUAUUGAGCUUUCUUCUGUUUUAUGUUAUCUUCAUGGAAUUUAGGAAAGCAGGUGUUUCUUUAAAUUUAUUGCGAUAUUAUAUAUCUAGCGGCCUUUAUAUGCAAAUAAAAUU